AUGGUUUUGGGUGGGGGUUCACAGGAGUCUAUGGGCCUAACGACAACAGCAAUAGAAAGUUUCUUUGGGAUGAGAUCACUGGUUUGUGUAGUUGGUGGGACAGCCUGUGGUGUAUUGGAGGAGACUUCAACAUCACUCGGUUUUCCAAGUGAAAGAUCAGGGGACUCUAGCAUAGGUUCAGCCAUAGCUGACUUCUCAGCUUUAAUUUUUGAGUUGGAUUUGGUUGAUCUACCAUUAGCUGGGGGAGAUUUCACUUGGUCUAAUGGGAGGGCUUGGUCUAGGUUGGAUAGAUUUAUUAUCUCUCCAUCUUGGGAGGCUAACUUUCACAACCUAUGCCAAAAGCGUCUCCCUAGGUUUUGUUCAGAUCAUUUUCCCCUCUUAUCGGAUUGUGGGAGUCUCCAUGAGAGACAAAGAUACUUUAAAUUCGAGAACAUGUGGCUGAAGGUCAAUGGAUUUACGGACAAGGUUAGAUCGUGGUGGUCCUCAUAUAAAUUCUCGGGCACUCGUUGUUUCGUUUUAGCUAGGAAACUUAAAGCCUUGAAAAAUGACUUGAGAAAUUGGAAUAUGGAAGUCUUUGGGAACAUUAAUGACCAGCGGAACAUUCUGUUUCAGGAGCUGCAGUGUUUUGAUGAAAAAGAGGUGGAUGGGACCCUCUCGGCUGAGCAGUCUCAAGAACACUGUGGAUCCCGUCAAAGAAAUAAAAGAACUACACAAUAA